AAAGUGCGUUUCAACAUGUUAUAUAAGUUCUAACAGUUUAUACGAGAAAAUUCAUAAAAUCCCAACUGUUUCAUCAUCUGUGCAUAAAAAAUCGAUGAAAAAGCUGAAAAAGCUUGUUCAAUUUGACAAAAACUCAUAAACAGUAUUAAGAAACUUUAUAAGUACAUCUUUAAGCAGCAAGCUGACGACUGAUUUUUUGCCAAUAUCCUCAAUAUCUUAUUCAAGACACUCUUUUGUGGAGUAGAAUAAUCGAUUUGCUAGCUUAUACAAAGCAAUAUUAGCUGAUUCUAAGUAAGACUAUAAGCCAUCCAUCAAUAUCAUUUUAUUCACAAGCAGACGACUAGGUUUCCGCGUGUUGCCUUGGGGCCAAUCAACCGACUGUGCGCAGUACAACAGCAUGAUUUGAUAUAAUGCCAAGCUAAUACUUGUACACUCUCAGUCUACUUAGCUAGUGAGAACGAUAUAGGUGAAUAAAGUGAGAACAGAGCAAACACUAUUAACGAAAAAGUCGGUCAGCAGAGUUCACUACUAGAUCCAUCAACGAAAUGGACGAGAACUACCCGGAGACUAUUAAUGGAGUGUGUAUUAAAGUAGAACCUCACAGUCCGGCAGUCAUGUCAAAAGAUACCAAAUUCGAUGAAAGUUUCUCCCGCCAAAAGUCAGCUUUCGAAAAUGGAACAAGCGAAUAUUCAACAUCAGGUCACAAUGAAAAAGUUGCUAUAGAUAUGCAUGAUUUAAAUGGACGACAAACACCCUCAUACAGUCAUUCAUCGUCUGAAUUUUCGGGAUCUGGUUUUGGUUUUGGUCAGUCAAAUUGUUUUGAUAAUCUGAGAAAACCUUCAUCGCCAGCAUUCUCAGAUGAACUAAAAGGUGGAAUGUCUUCAUUGGAUUCUAAUUAUAACACCUCCACACCCUCGAUAAAGGAAAACAUGUCACCGCGCGUUCCACUCUCAUAUCAUAUGGCAAAAGGGGCGCCACCAUCAAUGCUAGGUGAUAGUAUAUAUAGCUACGCCUCUUUUAAUGAAAACAAUUACUCUAAAAUCAAUAUGAUGUUAAAAACUCCAACAAAUGGGAACGAUUUCGAUGAACCAGAUUCUAAACUUAAUCUGACGUAUCCAGGAACAGCUAGACCGAUUGGCAAAAAAGCACAUCUUCCAAAACGUUACAAAUGUGCAAUGUGCGCCUAUAAAACUAGAUAUAAAUCUGAUUUGAACCGUCAUGUCCGGAAGCACGCAGUUGCAGGAUAUAAUUGCGACAUAUGUAAUAUGCCAUUUAAAACAGUUGGAAAUGUAGAAUUUCAUAAAAGAAGAGAACAUGCUGAUACAUAUGUUGCUACAAAACAGGAGAAAAAACCAAAAUUUAACUGUAAACUGUGUACUUUUGGAACCAUGCAAAGUUCGGAACUCACUCGUCAUGUUCGAAAACAUUACGUUGCAAAGUUCACAUGCACUUUAUGUAAUCGUCCUUUCAUGUCGUCAGGUAGUCUUGUACACCACGAAAGAUCUUAUCAUAAUAUGAAUAACAAAGACAACCCUCAGAAUGGCGAAAACGGCGACCCGGCUGCUGAACAUAAUGGCGAUCACACGGAACCGAUUAUAGAAAGUGAUGACGAGAAUUACCAGACCAGUACAAACAAGGAACAAAGUCAAACAGCUGAUAGUCACAAUAAGCCAAUGAAUAAUGAAUAUGAACAAUCAAAUGGAAACACCAAUGGUUUGUCCAAAACUAAUGCAGCGGUAGCAACAAACGGCAAUACAUUCCACAAUGGCGAUGAUUUAGAAAGUAAAGACGAUGAGAUGGUGAACGGAUUACAGAACAAACCGUUAACAAAUGGGUUUGAUGAUGAAUCUAAAGGUGAUGAUGGUAUUGCCAAACACAAAUGUCAGUUCUGUAACAAAUCUUUCGGCCGGAAACUUGUAUUGGACUAUCACUUGAAAAACAUUCAUAAGAUGAAAAUAAGGGAAGACGACAGUGCUUUCUUAGAAUAUGAUGACGACUAUGACUUAGCAUUAGAUAUGUCUAUCCAGGAACUUGAAAACAAUGAAUCUUCUACACAAGAGGCAAAAGUUCCUAGACAUGUUGAACGGGAAGAUUACAAGCACAUGCGUCAUCAGUGCCCAUUCUGUGCAUAUGCAACCAACUAUAAAAGUACAUAUGACCGUCACGUAAAGAAACAUGACUUAGAGUGUCAUAUUUGUCACGUUUGUAGAAUGCCGUUUAUUACAUAUGGACACAUGCAGCGUCAUAUCCGUGACAAUCAUCCAGACUAUCAUCUUAGUAUGAUAAAUCAGUCAAAUUCCGAAAAAGGCAUUUCACCAGGAAAAGAUGAUAUGAAUGGCAAUGGAAAGCCGCCUCUUAAAAUGGCCUUUAAGCGAGAUAACGAUAGACCCUUUCAAUCCGGUGUAGCUAAUUAUCAGGCCGUAGCAUUAAAUGGUCACGCAGACGCAAAUAAAAGUUUUUGUCCCGUAGUUCCUUCGAAACGAAAGAAACAUCCACCAAUCCAACGUCCAAUGGAACCGGGUGUAACGAUGGAGCCGCCAACAACUGGAAGAUUUGCAAAAUUAGUUUCAGAUUUCGACGAUUUCGCUUCCCGUCCGUUUGCAUGUGCUUUAUGCUUCUUUAGGACACGUAGUGUUGAUGAGUUGACCAAACACACACAAAAUCAUUUGACAGGAUGUAACCCGCAGCCAGUUCCAGACACAGCGCGGUUUAACAUGGCGUUUGUGCAACAGUUUCAGAACAAACAGGCACCAAAAAUAGAACGACCUGAACCUAUUCGUCCGACAAUACAGCACAAUGUACAAGGUUUCAGAAAACCCAAUCACAAGUUACAAGAUGUAAUAUCUAAACUUUGGAAUGAACCUAAACCAGCUGUCAAAAUGGAGGAAGAACCUGAGGAGGAAGAAGACAGUUCCCAUAAUAUCUCAGAUUCUAUCGUUCCAACUUUCUCUGUCCACUAUCGUAAAGACAAAACUAACCUCACAAGACCAUACUUAUGUCUGUUGUGUCGUAAAAGAUUUAGAUUAUUGACAAUUUUGAAACAGCAUUUCCGACAAACCCACAGUGAAUCACAAAUAAACACAAAAUCUUAUACAUGUAGUAUCUGUGGCGAGGUGUUUAAUAGUCCUGUGCUGUUGCAAGAGCAUCAUGAUUUUACGCAUAAAAUGCAAUCAUAGAAAAUAACUUAUUGAUUCUGUCUGUCAUAUUGAAUAAUGGUUAAUUUACAUGCUAAAAUACACUUAAUUAUUUGUACAUGUGACUAAAUGGUGCAUACAGUGCUCAUAUUACAAACACUUAAACUUGUGUCGGAAAAGUCGAAGUUACUACAGGGUAGAUCGUUUCCCGAAAGCAUAAAAAAUGGUUACUUAAACGUAACUUUUUAGAAACAAUUCCUCUAGUAUUCAGUGUAUACAUGUACAGAACCGUCUCACUGUGAUUGUAAAUACUGUACAUUCAUUGUACAAUGUAUAUGUGACAAAGCUUGUUUCUUAUCACUGUGAUUGUAUAUACUGUACAUUCAUUCAUUAUAUAUGGGACAAAGCUUGUUUCGUAUGGUGCUUUCUUCACAUCUCGUGUGUAGAUUCAAUAGUAAAGGACUUGUAAACUAACUAUUUAAAUCACUUCAUUUUGAAUGUGUAAUGUGGUAAAAGUGUACAGUAUACAUACAUUUUAAACUUUCUGUACAAAUGUUGAAUAUUUUAGUGUUGAACUUUAUAUAUAAAAGUUGAUAUUUUUUGUUAUUCCGUCGGAUGCAUUUGUUUAUAAACAUAGCCAGUAUUACAUGUCUACAAAAUAUAUUCCACUGUAUAUAUGUUCGUUUAUAAAAAUUAAAACUUGUUAAUAUUUAUCUUUUA